AAUCAAGUCAAAAUUACACAGGUAUCCCAUCGUGACUUUAUAUGGAAACAAAUAGCUACAACACAUAGGUAGCCCAAGCAGACAAAAACAUUGAAAAACUUGAACCAUAGGGUUCCCGUAUUGUCAAUAGAAUGGUCAGGCUCUGAUGAGCCUAACUGAACAAGUUUAAAAACAACGAGAUUGAAAGCAAACUUGUACGAACCAACAGUUUUACGUAAGAUACUGAUUCCAAGUACCAUCAUGCCUCCUCAACCAAGACUUACUUGGCGAACGUUUCUGACCGUAGAGCCUGUAAUCUUCCUAUAUGCAUACGGAUUAUUUAUGAGCAUGCCGACUUUCCAACAAUACGUCUACCACAGAAUAAGUGCUCAUAAAGGUUUCCCUUACGCUCCGACCAAGAAAUCUGGUUGUGCUGCUAAAGACAAUAUGAACUCGACACUCAAGAGCUUAGAGGAUGAGGUUCAGCUGUUGGCUUCUCGUUUUGACAUCGCCAAUGUCAUGUGUCUUUCUGUGCCAUCCAUCGUGAUGUCCCUACUUGUUGGUCCUUGGACAGACACUGGUGGUAGGAAACCAGGCUUGGCUUCUCCUGUCAUUGGAGCAUUCAUCGAAGCAUUGAACGCCAUCAUAGUGAUGUACACCAAUUGGCCAAUCUAUAUGCUGUUUAUUGGAUCAGUUGUCAAUGGUUGUUGUGGAUUCUUUACUAUCAUGACUCAGACUGCCAUGGCGUAUAUCGCUGAUACGACCCCUGAAACAAAAGUUGCUUUGCGAAUGGCUAUCAUGCAGCUAAUGAUCUUAAUUGGUGGCUUGGUCAGUCAAAUAACCAGUGGUCUAUGGAUCACGAGGUUUGGUUUCAUCCCUCCCUAUUGGUUCAUCUUAGCCUGUCAAUUUUCUGCAGCCAUGUACGUCAUUUUCAUUGUCCCAGAGUCCAAACCUAAAACUAGAAAAGAUCGAAUUCCCUUCUUCAGCCUGAGAAGCUUGAAAGUCAUCUGGUCAGUGUACAGGGACCCCAGACAUGGAUACAGACGAAGCUUGGUCUUACUGUUGAUUGGAGACGGGAUAGUUAGCUUAUCCACUAUGGGUCUAAGUGGAGUUAUCUUACUGUAUGUACUGAGAACUCCUCUUUGUUGGUCAGCAAAUGUACUUGGAGGAUUUAUGGCGUUUCGUUUUCUAACCCAAGGUCUUGGAGGUGUUAUUGGGAUUGGUUUGCUUAAACGAUGUUGCAGCGACCAGAACAUUGCAAGGAUAGGGCUCACAUCUGUGAUUGUCUCGCUCGUGCUUUUUGCAUUUGCAAACAAAACGUCAAUGGUUUUCUUGGUUCCCUUGGUGGGGUGUCUAAAUGGAGCCGUCUCUCCAGUCAUGAAAGGUAUGAUGUCUAAGAUCACAAGACCUGAUGAACGAGGUGCAACCUUUUCAGCCGUGGCUGCCAUUAGUACUCUUUGUAACUUCGUCGGUGCAUUCUUCUUCAACCCUAUAUACAUCCAAUCAUUGAGCUUUGGCUUUCCUGGUCUGGUGUUCCUCAUCAGUGCUGUUCUGGCCCUAUUUCCACUCAUCAGUAUGAGCUUCAUCAGAAACACCGAGUACUUCCCAGCUCCUACAUCAAGUGAAGCUGAAACCUCUGCGAUCGAUGAGGGAAAGAUGAUUGAGCUCAACGAAAACAACAUUGAAGAGGCUUCAGACGAUAUUGUAGCAAAGUCACCUGACGAGUUGGAAGUAAAGAAACCAAUACAAGAUUCUGAUAGUACGAGCAUUAGCACAAGCACAAAGUUGUAAUGGAACAACGUCAAUUUAGCAAUAAAACAUUUGACAUUCUUGCCAAAAA